AUGGCGCAGACGCAACCCCCAACCUUCAUCAACCUCCCACCUCCCACCUCCAGACCAGAGACCCCCUCUGAGAUGCCCGGCACCCCUACGAGCACCACUACCUCGCUUUCCGCCCUAUCUACCACUGCGAUCAAAGACGGUCAUCGUGGCCACUUCCCCCAGGGCCCUCUCAGUCGCGGACACCAACAUAAUCCCUCCACCCAGAGCCUCGAGGCUGAACGCGCCGACCGAAUUUCCCGACUCGCUGGUCUCGAGCGGGUCUCAACCCUCCGGGCACCUCCUCAAGCCAACGCCCAAGGAGCAUCAUCCCCCUCGCCUCAGACCACGCCAACCUCUACAACUGGGUUUCCGCCCAACUACCCUGCUACACAGCACCUGACACCUGCAUAUUUCGAUAGCAAUGGCCAGCCUGUCGCCGUGACUAAGAUGAGUACCGUUGGAACGGCCAGCGCAACUGAGAGUCAUGUUGGUGAUGGCGAUGAUACGCGCACAACUGCUGGCGAACAUGAUGAAGACAUGCUCAGCACCGAUACCAACUACCGCGAAGCCGAGUCAGUCGCAAGCAUGGGUGGCUAUCCCGAUGCUAUGGAUGAGGACCUCGAUGGUGCCAAUGCUCGUUCUGUGGCUGGUUAUGACGAUCGCAUGAGCGAUGACGGCUCUGCCUCUCUCGUUGGGUUUGGUGAGGGUGCGGGUAGUACCGUAUCUGGGCCCAUUUAUCAUCGUCGAACGGCUCCCCAAGCUUGGGGUCUUGAAAGAACCAACUCGGGCUUGAGCGACGCUCGACGGGAACGUGACACUCAUAUGGGAGGUGAUACGCCCGUGAGUGUGUCUGCCCUGCAGGAACGCCGGGAUGCUCGCAUGAUGGACGGUGUUGCAACUGAUCCGAACCCAGGUCAAGCACCAGAGAAUGACUCUUUCGUCGACACAACAUUCCGAGGACCUGUCUCUGCGUCACAACCUCAAACACAGACUGCUGCUGCUCAGGAGGCAGCAGAGCGGAUUGUCCAGAGGUUGGACAGAGGCGAGACGAGGGCACCUGCUUCAGGCCUUGUUGGACCUGGCCGGGGUGAUGAGCCGCUGGGCAAGUUCUACUUUGAGGGCGAGAAGCGUGAUGAUUAG